CCUGGACAGUCUGUCUCCACCACUCCGGAAUGGCCUUCGAUCCGAUCGCUCACUUUUAAUCCCGCCAAGCGAUCCCAACGUACCGUCAGGUACAUACUGCCAUCUAUCUACACGACGAUGAAGACCGUCUCCGCUCUUUUGCCUGUGCUGCUGAUGGCUCACACUGCCCAAGCGUACAGCGAGGGCUUCGACUUGACGGAUCAUACCAGUCAGCUCAACUUUUACCACCAAGCUGCCACUGAUCUCACGGCCGAACAAGUCGCGCUUGACGAAACUUGUGUAGUAGACCAAGUCCACAUGAUUAUGCGUCAUGGUACGCGCUAUCCUUCGUCAGGGAGCUACAACGGCAUCAAGAGCUUUGCCGAGACUGUGACGGAGUAUCUGAGCUGGCCUAAUAUGUCGGAUACUAUGGCCAACGAGCUGAAGUUCCUGAAAACCUGGAACCUCACGGAUCUGAUCCCGAAUCCGGAGAUCGAGGUGGAGAACAUCACGGCUCUCGGACUGCAAGAAGCCUACGACGUUGGCUCUACGUUCCGUACCAAGUACGCUCACUUAUACAACACCAAAGAGACCGUGUGGUCGAACGCAAAGGAGCGUGUGGUUCGCACUGCAAAGAGCUUUAUGAACGGAUUCCACGGUGAAAACUGGAACAGCAACCUUCUGGUUCAAGUGAACAAUACCGACGAGACUUUGGGCGGUGACACACUAACUCCAAUUGACACGUGUCCUAACUUCGAAGGGGACGAGAGCUCAGCCCAGACUGCAUUUGCUGAGGCUACAGGCUGGCAAACAGCGUUGGCUGAGCGUCUGGAGUCGCUCUGGCCUGGCUUCGGCUUCUCUACUGGCGUUGCACUGACCGUCAUGGAUCUGUGCAUGUACCAACGCAACUUCCUGGGCAAGGACCACCUGGAGUUCUGCCAGAUCUUUACGGACGAUGAGUGGGAGCACUACGGGUACCACAAAGACCUGGGGUACUACUACGGGUCCGGUUACGGUGUGGCGCUGGCUCCUACUGUCGGCUUCCCGUACGCUGAAGCCGUGACGAGGCUCCUGAACGAGACGGAGACGACCUACUGCCAGAAAAUCUUCGUGGCUUUCAGCCAGGAUACGCAGCUCAACGCCAUGUACUCCGGCUUCGGACUUAACUACGAUGAGACGUACCAGACCGAUGCUAUCAACGCUACACGCAACUUCCGGUCGUCGCGGGUGGUUGCUAUGGGAUCGCGCAUGGUGACGGAGCGCAUCACUUGCAAUGGCGAGAGCUACGUCCGCUUUAACAUCAACGAACAGGUGGUCCCACUGCCUGGAUGCCAGAGUGGACCGGGACUUACCUGCCCACUCGCUGCGUUCGUGCAGUACAUGGAAACUCGCAAGACGGCAGUGGGAGACUUCGUGACGGAGUGUGCCUCGACUGGUGGGUCCUCGGAACUCACGAUCUUCGAGAACCCAGUGAUGAACCAGUGCGCCGUGACAGCGUGUUAAGUUGUUUGAGUGAAGUUGUUUCGAGCAGAACCAAGCGUAAGUAGCUGGUAGCACGGGUUGGAAGUUUAUAAACAAAGAAUUUUGAAUGCGAUUCGGGCCUCAACUUAAUGAUCAGCAUCAAAAGUAGCGAGAUAC